UGCUGGUGAGGCUCCAGAUAUCCUAGACAAAAAAGAGAUAACAAAAACAUUUGAACGAAAUGAAGAUAUUAAAUUUCUCCUUGUGGUUUACACACUGAAUGGAUUCUUUGUUGGUUAUGAAAACGGCUUAGAUUCUAUACAGAUCUGCAAAGAGAGACCCUCAAAAAUGGCUUCAGCAUCAAAAUUUGCCACAACUUACAAGUCAUCAUGUUCAGUUCCAGUUGAUGAUCUGAAAAACAUGUCAAUGUUUCUGUAUGACAUGUUUAUUGUCCUUGGUGACAAGAUUUACCCUGUGCCAGUACUCAUGGAAAAUUAUGUAAGUGGCAAUGAAAAAGUGAAUGAGAACAGUGACAGAACCAAAUGGCAACUGACAAGGAGGUUCUUUGUUGUCGAUAAUAAGAUUGGGAUUCGACCUGAAUCCAAAGAACUAGAGUUCAUCCGUUAUUCCUCAAAGAUAGAGGUGAACAUUAGGCUGCGAUCGUCUGAUGGAGAAAUAUAUCCCCCCAUGUUGAGAAUAAGAUAUGAACCAUUAGCAGUAAAAGAUAAAGCCAAAAGCAGCAUAGAAAUGUCAUUUGCAGUCACUUAUGAAAUGGAUUUGACAAAAAUUAAGAAGGAUACUGAGAUAGCUAUUGGAUGCCUGUCUGCCCUAGCUGUCAUUUUGGCCUUCAUCAAAGUCUCAGCAUGGAGGAGACGACAGGGCCGCAUUGAAGUUGAUGCAGCCUCCUUCUUGAAGUUUAUCCUGUUUUGUUUCAGUACAUUCUCCACCAUGUUGUUUUGGGUUGCCUUUGGGUUGUCUAUGUCAUUUCUAAUUUUUUUCAAACGACAAAAGACAGUGUCUCAACUUCUGCCCACACAAAGUCAGGAGGGUUUGUUCCUCAAAGUUGUGGUGGUUGUCAUUGUGUUCAAAAUUAUUGAUGUGCUUCAUAUGCUGUGGUCACAAAUCUCAUUUGAAAUUUUUUUUAUCGACUGGGAACGACCACAGGGGAGAGUUAACCAACCUACUCAGGGAGGUGAGGGAGGGGGCUUGGAUGCCCCUGUCAGCAUUUGGAGAACUCUAUUCAUCGCAAAUGAGUGGAAUGAAAUCCAAACCAUUCGCAAAAUCAACCCAGAGUUACAGAUUUUCGUCGUGCUGUUUUUCCUGAAGGUUUUUGGAUUUGAGUAUUUGGCAACAACAGACCCACAGAGUAACUUCUCGGCAGACUACACAACUGAAUAUGUUGGAGAGUUCAGCAAAGUGUUACGAUUUGCAGUUUUGUCAAUGUUGUUCCUAGCUGUGGAGGCUGUCCAGUGGUUCUUCUUUGCAUUCAUCUAUGAGCGAUUCUUUGGAGAUUCUCUUGGCGACUUUAUCGACCUGUGCUCAAUGAGUAACGUGAGCAUCUUUGUCUUAGAGAAUACUCGGUAUGGUUACUACAUUCAUGGUCGCUCUGUUCAUGGCCGCGCAGACACAAACAUGUGGCAGAUGAACGAACAGCUGAAGAGAGAAGAAGAUGACUUGUGCGGGAGAAGAGGCUUGGAACCCAACACAGAGCGGCAGACAUUUGAAAUGGAGGUACCAGCAAAGUUCCGUGAACAGUAUGAAGAAAUUAUCCGACCACUUCGUGACGGAAAUGUUCAGCAGCAGAGGAGAAACAUGCCUAAUACUCCCAUGGGUCAAGAUGGUCGCCCAAGUCGCCUCCCUGUGGCAGUGGAGAAGCGCUUGCAAGCCUACAACACGCUAAACCGCUUUCUCUCUGCUUUCAUCGAUCACUCACUGAAGGACCUUGAUUACCUGGUAAGGGACAAGCUCCUUUUUGAAAGGAUCUUAAACAUGGAGUUAAAAGAAGUCCCUCCUCCAGACAAGGCUAUUUUUUACAACGACGAUGGCAGAUCGUUUAACUCGAUUCUUUUCUAUGGCAAUGAGUGGACACUGAUGUUCUUCGACUUGUUGGUGUUCGCCGCCAUGGAUUUGAUAUACCCGAAUUUUGUUUUUGCUGGGGUAAUGGCCUAUCUUUUCAGUAAAGGCUUAACAAUUGCCAGAAAUACAUUAGGGAGGAAAAAUCUGACAAGAAAGACACUUGUAGAUGAAAGGUUUCUGAUUUAGUGUGACUAAGUUUCGUAAAACACUGAAACCAAAGCAUCGACAUCGGCAGAUGCGAGCAGAGGUAGCAUCGCAAAGCGAUGAAAAUUAGAAUAGAACGUAAAUUGUCGAAUAAGAGAAUAAGCAAAUCGUCAUCGCUUUUAGAGCGCUUUUCGAUUGAGUGUCUUAAAAAUAAAACACAACGACCAAACAGAAGACAGGAAAAAUGCCUCCAACAGCCAUUAAGAGCUCUAAGUUGUUUAACCGCCCAAAGCGCGAGAAAACGCGGGCGUCAAGUUAGUCUUUAUUGCUUUUAGUUUUGCAUCGAAUUGGUUGGUAACGUAGCGCGAUUUUUCCUGACCAAUCACGAGCGAACUAAAACAGAACUAAAAUAAUUCUGGAUUACUCUAUACACUCAGUUGAAAAUUAGCCUUGUUUGGAACUUAAUUCGAUUGCUUGCCAGUGUUGAGAUCGUGAGUAGAACAACUUUGCGAGAAUUGUUGUAUUUUUCUAACAAGCAAACCCGUUUCAAAGAAGGAAGCAAAUUUAACACGCAGAUGUAAAGGAAGGUUACUCUCGGGAAAGUUCAAUCGAAGCUGUCGAUCUAUCUAGCCAUAGUAUAGAAGAUUUCUUGACCACUGACAGAGCAAUUGAAAUCCACAAAGAUAGUUUUAAACGUAACGAAAAAAGGAAGAGUUUUUAGUCUGGGUCGUCCUUGGCCUUCUUUCGUGGUAUGCUUGCCUAGUAUUGCUAGUCGUUGAAAGAAGUUUUUUCUAUUUUGAAAUGCUGUUGAAAACACGUCAAACGAAUUCAGUUAAUCGUUUACUUAUAUCAGCAUGCAUAUUGUCCCUGCUGUUCUAUACACUUUUCUUAAGUUGCUGACUAGAAGUUACUUAACAACCAAGGGCUUCUUUUACUGGUAAUCAUUUUUUUUUUCAUGACCUCAAAUGUGUGAUGCGGGGGUGUCAUUGCUAGGUGAAAUUAGAUGCCAGUCACUCAUGGGGGUCAAAGGAAAACGUGUGUCAUUUCUGGAAAUCCUCGUGGAAUUACAUCAGAAUUUCGGUUUUCAUUGGAAGUUUUUAUCGUGUUAUCAUCAUUAAAGGCCCCAUAUCAUUGGCCAUUCAUUGUUUAUUCGUUCGCUCAUAGACUUACGUAACGCAGUUUCUGGUGCAACAAGUAAUUAAGCUUAAGUCUAGAUUAAAAAAAUAAAAGAAAUUAGUUGAAACAGGAGCCUAUCGGGUUCCCGGUUGAAAUAUUAAAUUAAAUGUUAAGUUGUGA